UAGGCUGAAGCACCAGCAGCUUUCCCCUGCACUCUGGGGCUCAACUCUCCUGCUAGCUUCAGCUUCUCUUUUUAUUAUUUCUCCCUCCUCUUUUCAUUCUCCCCCCCGCCCCGCGCGCCGCUUUGCUCCUCUCUUCCGCCCCCCCCGCCUCUUUUUCACUUCUCCUCUAGUUUGCACUCUUCUCCUUCUCUCUUUUUCUCUUUCUUUUUUAUAAAUCAUCUCCCAUCUCCUUUCCAAAGUCCUUAUUCCUCCCCCCCAGCCCCCGCCUACACUGAGUGGAAAAAUACCCUGCUUGACAAAGACCUAAACGGCCCCCUCCCCGCAGGGGAAAAAACACAACACCCGCCAACUUACAACAAGCCCGAGAAUCCAGCCCAGAUGCAUCCCAAAUGAGAAAAAAGAAGCGAUGGAACUUCACAUUUUAGAGCACCGGUUGAAAGUGGCUAGUGUGGCCAAGGAGAGCAUCCAGUUGUUUACCUAUGGGCUCAUCAAGCUGGCGUUCCUGUCCUCCAAGACCAGGUGCAGGUUCUUCAGCCUGACGGAAACCCCCGAGGACUACACCAUCAUCGUGGACGAAGAAGGCUUCCUCGAGCUCCCUUCGUCGGAACACCUGAGCGUGGCGGAUGCAACGUGGCUGGCCCUCAACGUGGUCUUGGGCGGAGGCAGCUUUUCCAGCUCCCAGCCCAUCGGUGUGACGAAGAUCGCCAAGUCAGUGAUCGCUCCGCUGGCUGAUCAAAACAUCUCCGUAUUCAUGCUCUCCACCUACCAGACGGACUUCAUCCUGGUGCGCGAGCGGGACCUGCCCUUCGUGAUGCAUGCGCUCGCAGCGGAGUUCACCAUCCUCAGGGUCGUGAAUGGGGAGACGGUAGCUGCAGACAGUCUUGGGAUCACAAACGGGUUUAUGAAGCCGAAACUGGUUCCGAGACCCGUGAUCCACCCCCUUUCCAGUCCAAGUAACAUGUUCUGCGUCACCAGCCUCGAUCCAGACACCCUUCCCUCGGUGACUACAGUCCUUAUGGAUGUCAUGUUUUACUCCAAUGGAGUAAAAGAUUCUGUGGCAGGCAAUGAAGACGCCGGAUACAUUCGUUUUUUCUCAUUUUCUCUCAUUGAGGGCUACAUUUCUUUAGUGAUGGAUGUGCAGACGCAGAAAAGGUUCCCUAAUAACUUGUUGUUUACAAGCGCAUCGGGGGAACUCUGGAAGAUGGUUCGGAUUGGAGGGCAGCCCCUUGGCUUUGAUGAAUGUGGAAUUGUCGCUCAGAUUUCUGAGCCUCUGGCGGCUGCUGACGUCCCUGCCUAUUACAUCAGUACGUUUAAGUUUGAUCAUGCACUGGUACCGGAAGAAAAUAUCAACGGUGUUAUCAAUGCACUCCAAGUCAGUCAAGCUGAAAAACAUUAGAAACCCUUCGGAGCAGGACCUGGGCAUAUUUUACCGCUUUUUGUUUUGUUUUCAGUAUUUUCUCAAGGGAUUAAAGAAGUUUUGUUUCA